GCAUUGUUUUUAGUGUCGUAAAAACGUUGUAAACAUAAAAAAUUAUAACCUAAUUGACGAUUUAUCAAAACUAACUUAUCAAGAAUUAGAAAAAGAUAAAAAAUGGAUGCCGAUUUAUAUGAUGAAUUCGGCAAUUACAUUGGUCCGGACCUAGAAAGCGAUGAAGAUGACAACGAUGAACAAGAUGAUGAUAAUUAUGAACAAGAAGAAAAUGCUCCUGAGUAUGAUGAUGACGCUAUGGACGACCAAGAAAAUGAACAAACUCAAAUGGCAGUUGUUUUACACGAAGACAAACGAUAUUAUCCGUCUGCUUUAGAAGUUUAUGGUCCUGAUGUUGAGACAAUAGUUCAAGAAGAAGACGCUCAACCAUUAGACAAACCACUGAUUGAGCCUGUCAAAAAGAAAAAGUUUCAAUUGAAAGAACAAGAGCUUCCCGAAACAACUUAUAACAUGGAAUUUUUAGCUGACAUGAUGGAUAAUUCAGCCUUAAUACGAAAUGUAGCAAUUGUUGGCCAUCUUCAUCAUGGAAAAACAACUUUCGUAGAUUGUUUGAUUCGACAAACACAUCCAGGCUUUAAAAAUUUAGAAGAAAAAAAUUUACGUUAUACGGAUACAUUAUUUACUGAACAAGAACGAGGUGUUGGUAUUAAAGCAGUGCCUGUAACGUUAGUUUUGCCGGAUAUUAAACAUAAAUCUUAUUUAAUGAACAUUUUUGACACUCCUGGUCAUGUUAAUUUUUCUGAUGAAGUGUCAGCGGCAAUGAGACUUUCAGAUGGUAUUUGUUUGUUUAUUGAUGCUGCCGAAGGUGUUAUGUUAAAUACAGAACGUUUACUGAAGCAUGCGGUACAAGAAAGAAUGGCUAUUACAAUUUGUAUUAAUAAAAUUGAUAGAUUAAUACUGGAAUUAAAAUUACCUCCUCAAGAUGCAUAUUAUAAACUUAGGCACAUAAUUGAAGAAAUUAAUGGAUUAUUAAGUAUGUACUCAGAUGAUGAAAACCCACAAAUUGUGUCGCCAACUUUAGGCAAUGUUUGUUUUGCUAGCUCACAAUACGGCGUUUGCUUUACUUUAAAAUCAUUUGCAAAUAUUUAUGAACAAACGUAUGGUGAAUUAAAUGUUGAAGAAUUUUCCAGGCGAUUAUGGGGAGAUAUUUAUUUUAAUACAAAAUCGCGUAAAUUUACGAAAAAACCACCACAUAACUCAGCCCAAAGAAGUUUUAUUGAAUUUAUUCUUGAACCGUUAUAUAAGAUAUUUUCACAAGUGGUGGGAGAUGUAGACUCAACAUUGCCAGCAGUUCUAGAUGAAUUAGGAAUUAAAUUAUCAAAAGAAGAAAUGAAAAUUAAUAUUCGACCAUUAUUACGCCUUGUUUGUGAAAAAUUUUUAGGAGACUUCAGUGGAUUUGUGGACAUGUGUGUUCAGCAUAUUAAAUCGCCUUUAGAUAAUGCUAAAAUAAAAGUUGAACAUAUUUACACUGGUCCACCUGGAAAUAAAUUAUUCGAGGAUAUGGCAAAUUGUGAUUCAGAUGGUCGUUUAAUGGUACAUAGUUCCAAAAUGUAUCCAACAGAAGAUUGUACAUUUUUCCAAGUUUUAGCUCGAGUUAUUAGUGGUACGUUACAUGCAAAUCAAGAAGUUCGUGUGUUAGGUGAAAAUUAUAGUUUACAAGAUGAAGAAGAUAGUCGUGUAUUAACUGUGGGUCGAUUGUGGAUUUAUGAAGCACGAUACAAAAUUGAAUUAAAUCGCGUACCUGCUGGUAAUUGGGUUUUAAUUGAAGGUAUCGAUCAACCUAUUGUUAAAACAGCAACAAUUACUGAUCUGGCAAUUCAUGAAGAAUUAUAUAUAUUUCGACCUUUGAAGUUUAACACACAAUCUGUUAUUAAAAUAGCUGUUGAACCUGUAAAUCCUAGUGAAUUACCAAAGAUGUUGGAUGGUCUUCGGAAAGUAAAUAAAAGUUAUCCAUUACUAGCGACUCGAGUAGAAGAAUCUGGGGAACAUAUUAUUUUAGGAACAGGUGAACUCUACCUGGACUGCGUAAUGCAUGAUUUGCGUUGUAUGUAUUCUGAAAUUGACAUAAAAGUAGCUGAUCCUGUUGUUGCAUUUUGUGAAACGGUUGUUGAAACUAGUUCACUUAAAUGUUUUGCUGAAACUCCUAAUAAAAAAAAUAAGGUUACGAUGAUAGCGGAACCUUUAGAAAAAGGUCUAGCUGAAGAUAUAGAAAAUGAAACCGUACAAAUAACAUGGAACAAAAAACGUCUUGGUGAAUUUUUCCAAACCAAAUAUGAUUGGGAUUUGCUAGCUGCUCGUUCUAUAUGGGCAUUUGGUCCUGAUACUACUGGACCAAAUAUUCUUGUUGAUGAUACAUUGCCAUCAGAAGUAGAUAAAAGUCUUUUGAAUUCAGUAAAAGAUUCAAUUAUACAAGGAUUUCAAUGGGGUACACGUGAAGGACCAUUAUGUGAAGAACCUAUACGUAAUGUUAAAUUUAAAAUAUUGGAUGCAACCAUUGCCCAGGAACCAUUGCAUCGUGGUGGAGGGCAAAUAAUUCCUACUGCUAGACGAGUAGCGUAUUCAGCAUUUCUUAUGGCCACACCUCGUUUAAUGGAACCAUAUUUGUUUGUGGAAGUACAAGCCCCUGCUGAUUGUGUGUCCGCAGUAUACACAGUUUUAGCGAAAAGACGUGGACAUGUUACUCAGGAUGCACCUGUUCCUGGUUCUCCAUUAUAUACAAUAAAGGCAUUCAUUCCAGCAAUUGAUUCUUUUGGUUUUGAAACCGAUUUACGAACACAUACUCAAGGCCAAGCGUUUUGUGUCUCUGUAUUUCAUCACUGGCAAAUUGUACCUGGAGAUCCGUUGGAUAAGAGUAUUGUAAUUCGCCCAUUAGAACCACAGCCAGCUACACAUUUAGCACGAGAAUUUAUGGUAAAAACAAGAAGAAGGAAGGGUCUUAGCGAAGAUGUAUCUAUUAACAAAUUUUUCGACGAUCCUAUGUUGUUGGAAUUGGCUCGUCAAGAUGUUAUGUUAAAUUAUCCUUUAUAAUAAAUGUAUUAAUUGUAAGUGAAAAAUAUAAUAUGUAAGAUAAAAAUCAUUUAUACAUUAAUGUAGAAUGCUUCAGAAAAAUUGAAGUUGAGUCAAAA